CUGAUACCUGUAAACCUCAUUGAUACUGUUUUAUUUUGUUUUCAGCCCUUUCAGAGUUAUUACUUCCGAUGGUCUGCUGUAAAUAUUAUUAAAGUUUUUGUUUUCUAUAGAUUUCCCAGAAUGGACAUUGAUGUAACUGUGCCAUCUUCGUGUGAUCUGAAUUUGUCACACUCUGCGAUUGAGCCCAUCCCGGCCCAUCUGAUUACCCCCGAUGAUCAAAGUAAUAGCUCGAAAGGGUCUUUGAGCCCAGCGGAAGAUACCGCUAAUACUCCAGAGCAAUGGCUCGUGGAGCCCAGUCCCACCAGUUGCGGAGUUUUGUUGAAUAAUCAACUAAAACUAUCUGUUGGCUGUGAUGAGAGUGAAGAUGACGAGGAAGAGCAAAAUGGAAGUGCAGAUAAUGCCGACGAUUUAGCCGAAAAAAUGAAAUGGCAAAUGCAAUGUGGGCCAUCCCGAUCAGAGUUCUCUGAUAAUUUCGAUGUAACUCUCACGGCCGAACGCAUCAAAGCUAUCAUUCAAGGAGAAGGACUGGUGUUCCGACCCGUAGAAGAAGAAGCAUUUGUAGAUGAGGUGUUCAGUGAGAAAAAACCGAAAAUUUGCAACGGAUAUUUGUUUGGCGAUGUUAUCGGGGAAGGAUCCUACGCUAAAGUGAAGGAAGUAGUUGAAGAAUUUUCUCUCGUUCGACGAGCUGUAAAAAUCGUGAAAACAAAUAGGCUUCGUAAGAUUCCAAACGGGCAAGAGAAUGUGGAACGCGAAAUCAGAAUUCUUCGGAAAGUACAGCAUGAAAACAUAAUCCGUCUAAUUGAGGUUUUCCGAAAUGACGAGAAAAGGAAGCUAUACAUGGUUAUGGAGUUCUGCAUGGGCAGCGUACAGCAGCUAUUAGACGCAGCACCUUUGAAGCGUUUGCCAGAACCGGAAGUUCAUUCAUAUUUUCGCCAGCUUAUUAGAGGUCUUGAGUAUCUUCACUCCAUUGGCAUCGUUCAUAAAGAUAUCAAACCAGGCAAUCUACUUCUAUCUCCUGAAUUCGUGUUGAAGAUAUCCGAUUUCGGAGUUGCCGAAGAGCUACCACUAUUCGCUAAUAAUGAUAUAUGUCAUACAGUACAAGGCACACCUCAAUUCCAAGCCCCAGAACUGGUGUCAGGCAACACUACAUCUUAUAGUGGUUUCAAAGCAGACGUUUGGUCUUCGGGAGUUUCUUUGUAUAAUAUGAUAUCUGGCGAGUAUCCGUUCCAAGGAGAGGUCAUAAUGAGAUUGUUUGACAAUAUUGCAAAGCAACCGUUAGUGAUGCCAACUACUAUUGUUCUAGAUGAAUUGCUCCAAGAACUUCUGAUUGGGCUAUUACAAAAGAAUGCUGUAUCACGAUGGUGUUUGGAUCAGAUUAAAACAUCCGAUUGGUAUAGGAAAACGUUUUUCUCGGAUGCCCCAUUCUCAACAUUUCCUGAAAAUCGAAAGCACUCAGUGUUUCGACCAUUGAGUGUUUCGAAAGCAUUGGAACAAAUGUAUGGCGCCGGAAUUCCACAAGAUCGAUUGGUAGCCUCUAACGACAUGGAUGAUACCAUGCAGAGUGUUGCAGGAGCGAAUUCUUCAUCAAGAGAAGAGAGCAGAAAAACUCCAUCGUAUCCACGAAGGAAUCGUUCCUUGUUAAGCUGUCUUUUGCCUAAUCGAUCUCCUUAG